CUUCGGAGCCACUACCAUGAUCGCUAGAACAUAUCCAGGGACUGACAUACCAAAGCUAACAAAUAGCCAGAUCAAAGACAUUUUCUUCGAUCUAGAGACGCAACUCAACUCCACAAUGCUUGGUGCAUUAACACAUGGAUUCUACACCGGAGUAGUCGCUGUCACUUUAUGGGCUCUUCAAGAAAUAACCGUGGCCAGAAUUCUCAAAGAACCGUGCCACAUUUUCUUGUUUUUAUCAUCUUGCUUCUUUACCUCCUGGCGACAUUCAACCUUUACUACGUAUGGGAUGUGGAAAUCUCAAAUAUCUCCAUUACUAAUGGGAAAAGCAUUUGGACGGCAUAUAAUUAUCAAUUUGGCACUCCGAUCACAUUGGCUGAGGGAAUCGACGCAAUUCUUAGCACAGUUCUCGCCGAUGCGACUUUGAUAUGGCGUUGCUGGAUUGUCUGGGGUCGAUCAUGGCAAGUCGUGCUCGUUCCGAUUGCAUGCACCACCUUGGCGAUAAUAAGCAGGGGGAUCGUAACUUAUUACACCGCUUUUAGGCAUGCCGAAAAUGCGCCAUCCCAAGCCCUAUACCUCGAGAAUGCCGUCAACUGGGCCGUCUUAUACUCCUCGCUCAUAUUGACCACCUUAUUAUGGUGCACCAUUCUCAUCAUUUAUCGUAUUCUGAGAGUGGGCGGCGUUACCGCAGGGAUGCGCGUGUAUCGCAGAGUGAUAGAGAUUCUUGUUGAAUCUGCAUCUCUCUACUCUGCCUUGAUCGCCGUUUUGCUAAUGUUCCAAGUCCGUAACAAGGCAGCUGGAAUUUACGUCGAAGUGUUGGCAGUUGCGAUGAGAGGAAUCGCACCUACAGUUCUGGUCGGUCGUGUUGCAGCAGGACAUGCGCGCCCAGACGAUUCCUGGAGUGGAAGUACCACCGGGUCUUCACUUCGAUGGUCUUUGCUUCGAUUUAGAAGCCAUUCAAAUUCGCAGACUGAUAGCCAAAUGAGUGCUGGGUCUGGAUGGGACACAUCUUCGCAUGUAAGACCUGAUUUAGAAGAGGGUUUGGAAGGCAGUACGCGGGGUUGAAAUUGGAGGAAACGUGGUCACAUUCUCGGUCAUUCGACCCGCUUCUUCAGGACAUGGCUGGUUUGGGUGAACUAGGCUUUUAAUUUGGUAACGGUCAGCUACAUCCUGUAAACGGUUUGUCAAACAAGUAAAAGGAAACAUCAUGAGAUUUGUAUGUGAG